UUUUUUGACUCCUUAUUCCUCUCCUUCACAACAUCUCCCUUCAACUCGAUACUUGCGCAACACACCACCUCCACGAGUAUGGCAGAAACCGCCGACAGUGCACUGUUCCGCCUAAUGGACCUGCCCAACGAACUUAUCAAGCUAGUUUGCUCCAAUGCAGACCUCAGUGUUUACGAUCUGAUGGCCCUUCGCCGCACAUGCAAGCUCAUCCGCGAAUUCUCUUCGGACGAGUUCGCCGGAAGAUGCUUCUUUAGCAUUACCGUGUUGAUGGCACGUUCUUCUCUCCGAGCCUUCAUCGAGCUAUCUCAGCAUCCGCGCUUCGGUCCCUUUGUUAAAAGGAUCAACAUUUCUCCAACAUCUGCAUCCGCUGAAGGUUUGAGAGUCCUCCCCUCAGCAACAAUACCUCUUGCGCAUGAAACCCAUCCAGGAUUUGAGGACGUCGUCGACGCCUUCGUCCUUGGUGCACAGUCUCUGGACUUCAUGAGGACCUACCUGAACAGAUACCGAGAGGAAACUCAGCUGAAGACAGAUGGAAGCGCAGAACAGAUGCUGAACGUCGCCUUCAAAGCAUUCGCAGAGCGUAAGCAAAAGAUCUGUCUCACGUUUAACGAUGAGGAGUUGAAUAUCGUUGGUGCCCAACAUCUGCUACCCAACCUUCACUUUGCACAGCGCACAGUCUGGUAUCUCGAAUGGAAGGAGACGAUUGCAAGAACCAUCAGGGCGGCUUUCAAACAGGGUUGUACAAUCGACAGAAUUGAAUUGUGCGAGACAGCUCGACAGGAUGCUCGUAACAUUUCAGCCUGCUGCACAGACGGCAUUGAGCAAGAAUUGACUUCUUUAUGCUUCCAGCUGGACGCUCUCGACAUCGAAUUCAACCAUCAGGACACUGAGACUACUGUAAGAUCAGCUAAACGUAUGGUUUUCGCAAGCCCUAGCUUGGAGAGCCUGUACGUAUAUUCAAUUGGCGACUACAACAACGCAAACCAAGUCCACAUCCCCGGCAUCUUGAAAUGUGUGGCAUCAAAGUCCUUGAGAACGAUUCACCUGGGAAAUUUUCACAUCUCUACAUCAGAUUUGACCAGCUUCCUGGCAAGGUACAGACACCUCUUGUAUGACUUACAAUUAUCUUACGUAUGUCUUGUCGAUGGGGACUGCAUGAGUCUGAUCGCUUGGAUCAAGGACAAUCUCCCUCGUCUCAAAGAACUCUGUCUGGAAGGCAUUUGCGACCACGUUGAAGAUACGCUUUGCCAAAAAUAUUCUUCCUGCACGAUUUGGGUGAAUGGAGAUGUGCAGACUGAGCUUGCCAAGAUCCUCAAGGAUGGGUUCCCGAAGAGAGUCGAAGAGGUUCAGGACCAGAUUGAUGGACCAGUCGAGACACAAGUUGAUGGACAGGUAGAGACACAGGUUGAUGGACAGGCCGAGACACAGGUUGAUGGACAGGCCGAGACACAGGUGAAUGAAGAGGUUGAGGAUCAGUCAAUGGUGAUCGACGGCACUGAAGGUCAUCAAACCAACAGUGGCGAGUGAAAAACAACCUCGGGGGAGAUAAGCUCUGCGGAAGAAUCGCAGAAUGGUCGCAAAUUCAUUUCUCGAGUAAUUAGCAAAGAAUAGUGG